AUGACGUCCACUGACAAAACCAGUUGGGUUGUUGCCCACCGCAUCAACAACUGUCACUGCCUGGUGCUUAUCAUAGUGCUGGGAAAGUCAGAGAAGGAAAAAGACCUGUCCUACAGCGAAGCCAUGCAGAAGAUGACUGACUCCAACAAUCGCUUCCCUCUCAUCCCAGUCAGAGGAGUUCCUCUCCGGAACUUGAUUGCCAACAACUGGGACUCCAUCUGGACUUUCCGUCCUGACCCUUCAGACCUCCUCAUCGCCUCCUACCCCAAAGCAGGGACCACAUGGAUCCAGGAGAUAGUGGACCUGCUUCUUCACAAUGGAGACACUGAAGCCUGCAAACGAGCUCCCACACCCGUCCGCAGUCCUUUCCUAGAGCUCUUCUCCCUCCCAACCUUACCCUCAGGUCUUGAUCAUCUGAAGAACAUGGAUCCUCCAAGAAUUAUCAAGACACAUCUUCCUUUUCAGUUGGUGCCUCCUGGUUUUUGGGAAAACAAGUGCAAGGCUAUCUACAUGGCACGCAAUGCCAAAGACAACAUGGUGAGCUACUACUACUUUGACCGUAUGUGUCUCACCCAGCCUGAGCCAGGGCCCUGGGAGAGCUUCAUGUCCAAGUUCAUGCAAGGAGAGUUGUCGUGGGGCUCCUGGUAUGACCAUGUGAAAGGUUACUGGCUGGAGAGAGAGAAGAGGAAUAUCCUUUACCUCUUCUAUGAGGACAUGAAAGAGAAUCCUCGGCGUGAAGUGGAGCGCGUCAUGAGGUACCUGGAUUUGUCAGUCUCUGAUGAGGUCAUCAGCCAGAUUGUGGAGCUCACGUCCUUUAAGAACAUGAAGGAGAACCCAAUGGCCAACUACUCCUUCAUACCAGCAACUGUUUUUGAUCAGUCCAUCUCCCCCUUCAUGAGAAAAGGUGAGGUAGGUGAUUGGAGAAACCAUUUAACACCUGAGCAAUCAAAGAUGUUUGAUGAAGACUAUAAAAAGCAAAUGAAAGAAGUCAACAUACCAUUCAGGACCUUCAUCUGACAGAUUUUGGGUUUUCCAAAC